AUGUUCAAAAAAUUCACCGCAAAGGAAGACAUCCACUCACGAACGAACGUGAAAUCAUCCGUUCAGAGAGGACUGAAGACCAAGCUGGUCGAGCAGUUCCCCAAACUGGAGAGCGUGAUUGACGAUAUUAUCCCCAAGAAAGGACAGCUUAUUGUGAUCAAAUGCACUGAUCGGCUGUCACUAUAUACAAUGGAUAACGAGGUCUUGUUUCUUCAGCGAUUCGAUGAUCCGUUUAUCCCCAGUCUUCGUCUGAUUCACAAAUAUCCAAACUGUUUCCCAUCGGUGAAGGUCGACAGAGGUGCUAUCAAAUUCAUACUGUCGGGAGCUAAUAUCAUGUGCCCGGGUUUAACGUCAAAAGGUGCUUCGCUACCGGAGGAGGAUUACCCCGUUGGCACAGUGGUUGCCAUCUUUGCCGAAGGCAAGGAGACGGCUCUGGCCGUUGGAAAGCUAGCGAUGAGCAUAGGCGAGAUCAAGAAGGUGAACAAGGGAAUUGGUAUUGAGGUCGAGACUCAUCUUGGAGACGGACUGUGGUCGUUGGAGCUGGACUAA